UUGCUAUUAGUUAAAAUUAUUAAAAAGUAAUAAAAUAAUUGAAAAAAUUACACUUUACGAACAGAAAGAAAUUUUAAAUCAUAUAUGUUUUAUGGUGAUAAUUAUAUAAUUUGAAGCACUAAAAUAAAUUAUCUUUAAUUCGAUAUCUGAGAGCAAUAAUCAACAUUAUUCCAAAACAAUGUAAAAAUAGAAAUAAAAAGUAUGAUAUGCUUUGAAAUAGAUGUUAGAGUUAACUAAUAAGUUUUUUCCUAGCUUGUAAAAUUACAUAAUAAGUAAGAUUAAAAUGGUGAAAAAUCAAACAAAAGAUUUUCCAGACACAAUUGCUAUGUUCCCAACUUUUCUUAUUUCUUUUGUAACAUAUCUUUGUCAAGGCAUUUUUAUGUUAGUACCAUUAUUUUUUAUUUAUUUAAACACAAUUCAAAAUUCAUAUUUUAUUGACGAGAAGUUUCAUGUUCCCCAGGCUGUGCAAUAUUGCGAUGGUAAUUUUUAUGACUGGGAUCCAAAAAUUACAACCCUGCCAGGUUUAUACUUGUUUUCAGCAUUAAUACUUGAACCUGUCAAUUUGUGUAGGUUCACAUGGCUGAGAUUUAUAAAUGUGCUUUUGACAAACUUGAAUUUCUUUUUAGCUUUGAGAUAUAUAAGGCUCAUGAAUGAUAAAAGAAAUAAGAAAGUUGCUAAUGAGCAUUUAAGGGAUGAUAUUGAGUAUUUAACAGCUUGGAAUAUUACAUUCUUUCCUCCACUUUUCUUUUGGUUCUUUUUGUACUACACUGAAAUAUUUUCAGUCACAUUAAUUUUAACUAUGCUUUUGUUUCAUAUUAAUAAUAGAAAUAUAAUAUCUACUUUUAUAGGAGCUUAUUCAAUAUUUGUCAGGCAGACUAAUGUUAUAUGGGUAGCUCUUUUAAGUAUUGAAAAAGGUUUGACACUAAUUGAAGAUCUCACUAAAAAACCUGAAUACACAAAUACUUUUAAUAUUAUUCCAUGUAUUAGAACUUUGUAUAGUAUUUUCAAAGCUAAGAAAGGAUUUGUAUCUUUUUUCAAGUUUUCACUAUUAAGUUGUAAGACAAUCAUUCCAGAUAUGUUUGUUUUAUUAAGUUUUGUAGUUUUUAUAAUAUAUAAUGGCGGCAUUGUAGUAGGAGAUAGAACUGCUCAUAAAGCAACUAUUCAUUUAACACAAAUUUUUUAUUAUUCUUUGUUUGCAUGUGCCUUUUCAUGGCCAUAUCUUGUACCUGAAACAAAGAGUUUUUUACGAUUUUUAUGUAAACAUUUUGUUAUAUCAUUUUGUAUAAUGUGUUUGAUUGCUUUAAUUGUCCACUACAAUACUUUGGUACACCCCUACAUAUUGGCAGAUAACAGACAUUACUCUUUUUACAUUUGGAAAAAUUUCAUGAAUAAGUAUUUUUUCUUUAAGUACUUAUUAGUACCUAUUUAUUUUUUUGCAAUCUAUGCUAUUUUGAAAUCAUUGAGUCAUUUAAGAUUACUGUCAUUAACAGCUUACAUAUUAUGUGUCAUUAUUGUACUUGUUCCUCAAUUGUUAUUGGAACCAAGGUAUUUUAUUAUACCUUAUAUACUAUUUAGAUUGAGACAAAAAGAGCCAAAAAAUUGGCAGAUUCUAUUGGAAACUUUUACGACUAUCAUAGUAAAUAUGGCGCAAUUUAUGUUAUUUAUAAAUAAAUCAUUUUAUUGGGAAGAUGAAAAGUAUCCUCAGAGAAUAGGAUGGUAA